AAACCAACCCACAAUUGAUAAAGGUGAGGGUGAGCCCAAAGGAAACCAGCCGAAUAAAUUAGCAGAACGCGCAGUAGGUGUCGAGUUAUUAGUAAUGGCCAACUCAGUCCGAGUCGCCGCCGUUCAGAUGACAUCCAUGGACAACAUCGCCGCCAAUUUCGCCACCUGCUCUCGCCUCGUCAAGGAAGCAGCUGCUGCUGGGGCAAAGAUGGUCUGUUUUCCUGAAAGCUUCUCCUAUGUGGGUUUCAAUGAUGUGAACACUGUUAAGAUUGGAGAACCUCUUGAUGGACCAAUUAUGAAAGGGUAUUGCUCUCUUGCAAGAGAGUCAAAACUUUGGUUGUCACUAGGAGGAUUCCAAGAAAGAGGAUCUGAUGAUGAGCACCUGCGUAACACCCAUGUUUUAAUCGAUGAUGUUGGCAAUAUUAGGAGCACUUAUUCAAAAAUACACAUGUUUGAUGUGGAUAUUCCUGGAGGUGCAGUAUACAAGGAGAGCGGCUUUACAGAACCAGGGAAGGAUAUUGUUGCAGCAGACAGCCCGUUAGGACGUGUGGGCCUGACAGUUUGCUAUGAUAUGAGAUUCCCAGGGCUUUAUGAGCAGCUAAGGUUCAAUCAUGAAGCACAGGUAUUGUUGAUUCCUGCAGCUUUCACCAAAGUAACUGGUCAGGCUCACUGGGAAAUUCUUCUACGUGCUCGUGCCAUAGAAACUCAAUGCUAUGUCAUAGCUGCUGCACAAGCUGGAAAACAUAAUGAAAACAGAGAAAGCUAUGGUGACACCUUAAUAAUUGAUCCGUGGGGGACUAUAGUUGGUCGGCUAUCUGAUCGACUGUCAACAGGCAUUACCGUGGCAGAUAUUGAUUUUUCAUUGAUUGAUUCAGUUAGAGCAAAGAUGCCAAUUGCCAAGCAACGCAAGCCUUUUGAGUUCCAGAAGUGAGCUUCAUCAUAAAUUUAGAAGGUCAAAACCGGUUUAAAUGUCUCAGUUGCAU